UGUCACCCGUGGUGGUCGGUGCUGUGGUGUUGGCCAACACGUUACUGCUGGCGCUGACCGUUCUGGCGGCACCGUACGACGCCCAGCGCUACGACAGCCCGGACUACUAUAACAGUGCCCCGAACCUGUCGCCGGAAGAGAUGGUCAGCUACAGUGCGAGACAGGACGAUUUGCUGUCGUUUUUGCCGGACCAGGACGAUCUGCUGGCAAACCGGUUAGGCACCGUGAUCGGUGCGUUCGGCAAUACCCUGUCGCAGCUGUUCUUUGGCACCAAUGACGUCAGCACGGACGUAACAUUCUGGUGUGCCACCACCAAUCAACCGGAGUACGUGCAGGCGUACGUGGACGAUCCGCUGAUCGGGCAGAAGCUUGACCCGUCUAAGCCACUGCUGAUGCUGACGCACGGCUGGACCGACAACGUCAACCGGACGUGGGUGAAGCAAACGGUGACCGACUACAUCCGGCUGAUCGGUGGUAACAUCUGUGCGGUCGACUGGAGCCCGCUGGCACUGGUCGAGUACAAUCUGGCCGCCCGCAACACACCCAAGGUGGGCCGGUAUCUGGGCAAGUUCGUGCAGUCGCUGGUGGCGCGCGGUUUCGACCUCAACCAGGUGACGCUGGUCGGCCACAGUAUGGGGGCGCACAUUAGUGGCAUCGCGGGCGCGUACCUUGGCGGCCGGGUACCGCACAUUAUCGGGCUGGAUCCGGCCGGACCGGCCUUCACCAAACCGAUCCCGGUGUCGACGGAUCGGCGGCUCGAUCGGACGGACGCACGCUUCGUACAGGCGAUCCACACGGACAAGAACAUCAUCGGUACGACGAUGAACCUGGGCCACGAAGAUUACUACGCCAACAGUGGGGCAAGCCCGCAGCCCGGCUGCGAGUUCCCGCUCGUCAACAAUGACACCACCAAAGCCUACCUGCAGUUCAUCUGCAGCCACUUCAAGGCGGUCGAGUACUUCCGGGCGUCGCUAGAUCGCCAGAACGUGUUCGAGGGCACCACCUGUUCGUCGUACUACAGCUUCAAGCGGAACGACUGCAGUACCGGCACCCGGGACGACUUUGGGCUGUUCAACAGCCAGAAAGCGUCCGGGGCACUGUACGUCGCGAUUGACAAGACGGUCUAUCCGUAUGCACGCACCAUUUCGCGGACGGUUCGCGAAUAAAUUGUUUGUUAGAAAAACAAAAA